AUGACGGGGACCGUUCAGACAAUUACGUUCAAAGGGAGCGUGGCGACGGUCACGGAGUUCCUUGGCUUUGCCAUCUACGGCAUCCUGUACCAGCGGGGGGUGUACCCGCAGGAAGACUUCCAGCAGGUCAGGCGCUACGACGUCCCGCUGAUGGUCUCGACGGACGGCGACCUGAACGCCUACCUCACGGAGCUGCUGCAGCAGGUGGCGGCGUGGGUGGCGGCCGACAAGGUGCGCAAGCUGGUGCUGAUCGUGGUGGACGGCGCCCACAACGCGGUGAUGGAGCGGUGGGCCUUCGACGUCCUGGCGGAGCCCGCCGGCGGCACGACUGCGCCGGCAAAGACGGAGGCGGAGCUCCAGCACGAGAUCCGGGCUGUGAUGCGGCAAAUCACCGCCUCUGUCUCGUACCUGCCGGCGCUGCCGGAGGGCUGCGUCUUCGACCUCCUGCUGUACACCGAGACGGACGUGGAGCUGCCGUCCAACGCGUGGGAGAUUAGCGGGCCGCGGCUGGUGCCGGGCGGCAGCGAGGUCAGGCUGCGCACCUUCGCCACGAACUUCCACCGCGUGAACGCGUCCGUCACUUACCGAGAAGAGGCGGGAUAA